AUGGCGAUGAACCACGAGGAUAUGGCUGCCGAAGUGCACGAGCAGUUCAGCGAGCGCCAGCCUGAGAAGGACCAAAGAGAUGGAGUAGGCGCAUUUGUCACUCGCGGCAGUGUCGACGCCAGCGCCGAGAAGGAGCGAAAAGAGUCCGAGGGCGGUGCUGUGGAUCCCGGUGUCGAAACACCCGACGGUGAAGAACCCAAUGAGUAUGAGAAGGAACACUUGCGUCGCGUGGGCGAGAACCUUCCUGCGUCCGCCUUUCUCAUCGCUGUGGUUGAACUCUGCGAGCGCUUCACCUUUUACGGCGCUCAAGGUCUCUUCCAGAACUACAUCAACAACAAGCCUAAUGGUAAUGAUGGGUCGCGCGGCCUCGGCCUCGGUCACCAGGGUGCCACUGGUCUCAAUCUAUUCUUCCAAUGGUUUUGCUAUGUUACGCCCAUUCUUGGAGCUAUCAUUGCAGACCAGUAUCUCGGCAGGUACAAGACCAUUUUGAUCUUCGCUGGCGUCUAUUGGGUCGGGCUGCUGAUUCUGUGGACCACUUCGCUCCCUACGGCCAUUGAGAAUGGUGCUUCGCUCGGCGGUUUCGCAACGGCCAUUGUGGUCAUCGGCUUUGGAACUGGCGGUAUCAAAUCAAACAUCGCUCCACUCAUCGCGGACCAAUACCAGCGCCACAAGAUGGCAAUCAAGGUCCAAUCGAGCGGCGAGCGGACAAUCAUCGACCCGGCCAUCACUUACCAGCGGAUUUACAUGAUCUUUUACUGGUGCAUCAACCUCGGAGCACUGUCACUCCUCGCGACUCCGUUCAUGGAAAAGUACAAGGGUUUCUGGACUGCUUUCCUGAUGUGCUUCUGCAUGUUCAACGUCGGCAUUCUCAUUCUCAUUCUCCGCCGGAAGUCCUACGUGGUCCGUCCCCCGCAAGGGUCCAUCAUCACCGAUGCCUUCAAAGCUCUCGGUCUGAUGAUCACCUCACGCAACACGGAAGCCCCCAAGCCCAGCUGGCGCGCGGAGCAUGGCAAGACCAAACCAGUCCCAUGGAACGACCACUUCAUCGACGAGGUCAACCGUGCCCUGCGCGCAUGCAAGGUAUUCGUGUUCUAUCCCGUCUUCUGGGUGUGCUACGGCCAAUUCUCCUCGAACUUCGUCACCCAAGCUUCCCAAAUGAGAGGCCACGGCAUGCCCAAUGAUGAGAUGCAGAACUUCGACCCAAUCUCCAUCCUCGUCUUCAUCCCCAUUCUCGACCGCAUCGUCUACCCGCUCCUGCGCCGUGGGGGCUACGAGCUGCGCCCAAUGGCUCGCAUCACCAUCGGCUUCAUCAUGGCGUCAUGUUCUCUAGCAUAUGCGGCCGGCGUGCAAAGCCUCAUCUACCAGUCCGGACCCUGCUACAGAGACCCCCUCAACACCCGUGGUACUUGUCCAGCCGGCCAGCUCGCCGACGGCACCGUCGUGCCCAACAACGUCCACAUCGCCAUCCAGACCCCUGCGUACCUCUUCAUUGGCGUGGCCGAGAUCUUCAUCUCUGUCACCGGUCUCGAAUACGCUUACACCAAGGCACCUACGAGCAUGAAGUCUUUCGUGCAGAGCAUGUAUCUCUUCACCAACGCCUUCGGCUCCGCGCUCAACGAGGCUCUGGUGCCUGUACUGGUUGACCCGAAAAUCUUGUGGAUGUACACUGGUGUCGCUGCCUUCUCUUUCGCUACCGCGAUUGCUUUCUACGCCAUCUUCCGCCAUUAUGACAAGGAUGAGGAGAAGAUGUAUGCGCUGGACAGGGAUUUGCCGGCGCUGACGCAUACUGGGUAUAAGGAGAAGGAUAUUGAGGAGAACCGUUCUGCAAACUCAAACUAG